GGUGUAUCCAGUUUGCAACUCGGCACUCUCACACGCUACACCGAACAAUUCUCAAGCUCGUCACCGUUAACCUGUUUCUCGUUUCACUACUGGUUGACUAUUUUUCUCCGGCUUGUCCAAUUCGGCGCAACGGGCGGGCCUGUGCCACGGCAAACCAACUUCGAAAGAGAACGAGAGGCGGGACUCUUACGGCUACAGAUACACAUACACCACCUCAAAGGAUACAACAAACCGAAACUGAGAAGUGACGACAAGCAAACAGAACCGAUAAUAUAAGAGCACCAUUCCUUCUUCCGCUGUUUCUUUCCCGGCUCAAAUUCCAGACAACAUCACCACAGACAGCGGUCUUCAGACCCGCUGCCCAGAAAACCAACAUGGACACUCUACUUCAACACAUGGCCGGGCAAACGGUCUCAUGCUCCGAUGGUACCUCUUCUACCGUGUCGAAUCCUGCCGCCUCUACUACUGGCGCUCCUGUGACCGGCCAAAUGGUCCUCUUGGACAUGUUCUUCCCCGGCUUCUCAACAUUCUCAGCUUUCGUCCAAAAGAACCUCAACAUCGAUCUCAACGUAUACAUCCCGCUCGUCCUAAUAUGCGGCGCCCUCACGUUUGCCUGGCAGUAUUUUAGCGAUUACUGCUGGGACCUGAUCGACCGUUAUAUGAUGUCAGUCGUGGAUGUGCGCACCGACGACGAGAUCUACAACAUGCUGAUGGGCUGGGUGGCCGCGCAAAAGUUUGCCCAGGGCGCGCGGCGCUUUGUCGUCAAUACGAACCUGAAUUCGCGCUUCUGGUGGCUGUGGCGCUACGACUACGACGACGAGGAUGAAGACGGGACCGAAGAAGAUGACCAUGACCAGCCCGCCAAGGGAGGGAAGAAAGCCUUAGCGUACACGCCCACGUUUGGCAGCCACUGGUUUUGGUACAAGGGGCGCCUGCUGUGCUUCCGCCGGCAGCAGAGCCGUGACAUGGCUGGGUAUUCGCUCUCCAGCGAGCGGGAAGAGAUUUCCAUCAAGUGCUUUGGCAGAGAUCCUUGGAUCCUGAAGGAGCUGUUGCUGGAGGCCAGAGAGGUAUACAUGAAGCGCGACGAGGCCAAGACGCUCAUCUACCGCGGAACGACUAAAGGAUCGGGUAGUGAACCCACCUGGCAGCGAUGCAUGGCGCGCACCUCGCGUCCUUUUUCCACCGUCAUCCUGAACGAGAAGGUCAAGAAAGAGCUGAUUGAUGAUGUGACGGAUUACCUCAACCCGGCAACGCGCAGAUGGUACGCCAACCGUGGGAUUCCCUACCGCAGGGGCUACCUCCUCCAUGGACCUCCUGGCACAGGCAAGUCUUCGUUGAGUUUGGCGCUAGCCGGGUUUUUCAAGAUGAGGAUUUACAUCGUCAGCCUGUCCUCCAUCGCCGCCAAUGAGGAGAACCUCGCGUCUCUCUUUUCCGAGCUUCCACGUCGAUGCGUUGUUUUGCUGGAGGAUAUCGACACGGCCGGCCUUACCCAUACACGCGAAGAUGGCAAGGUUGCGGCCAUCGAUGGCGGCAGCGAUGACAUGGUUCCCGGUCAAAUAACCGCAGGAGAUGGUACAGCCACCACCCCCACCCCAAGCGGCCGCCUCUCCCUCUCGGGCCUCCUCAAUAUCCUGGAUGGCGUCGCCUCGCAGGAGGGCCGCGUUCUCAUCAUGACCACCAACCACCUCAAGAAGCUAGACAAGGCCCUGAUCCGGCCGGGGCGAGUCGACAUGAUCGUUGAGUUUGGGCGUGCAGAUAAGGAGAUGACGGCGGCCAUUUUCCGGGCAAUAUUUGCCCCGCUUGAAGGCGACGAGGUUGACGCACCCUCUGAUGCCGAUUCCAAGGACCUUUUCAAAACCCCAUCUAUUUCAACAAGCCCAGCAGGAGCAGCAGCAGCAGCAGCAGCAGCAGCAGCCGAAGCGCGGCGCGAACUCGCUCGCGACGAAGCCACUCUCAAAGUAGUCGAGUUAGCCGACCAGUUCGCGGACAAGAUCCCCGCGCACGAGUUCAGUCCCGCCGAGAUUCAGGGGUUUUUGUUGAAACACAAGCGGAACGCAGCCGCGGCAGUGGAGGGGGCAGAACAGUGGGUUGUGGACACACGAAAGGAGAAGAUGGAGAAGGACUUGAGGGAGGCGAGGGAGCGGAGGGAGAAGGAGGAGAAAGCAGAGGCUGAGAAGAAGGGGACGAAAAAGGAGGAGAAGGGUGAGAAAGAUAAAACGGAAACGAAAAAGUCAAAAAAGAGCAGUAAACACAACAAAGUAACCUCCAAAAAGUCGUCGUCCAAAAAGUCAACAAGGAAAGCAGCAAUCAGUGACGCUGACUCCUCCGACGAUUCUUCGUCAUCAUCGUCAUCAUCAUCAUCAUCAUCAUCAUCAUCAACCAAAUCCUCUUCAUCCGAAUCCGAAUCCGAGUCUGAACCAGAACGAUUCAAGGAGAAGAAGUCCAAGAGGAAACACUCGAAGAAGGAAAAGACCGACAUCACUGCACCUCCACCUCUUCUGGUUAAGGAGGAUUCCAUCAGGGUUCAAGUUGUUCCCGUCCAGCAAGAGGUUCAGACCAUCGCCAAUUGUAUUGCGCCGGGGGCAAAGAAAACGGACGAUCUUGCCAAGGCGGUUGUGGUAGUGGAGGAUAUACUCGUUCCCCAGAUCUCGGUAAUAGAAGUAAAUGAAACGAGGUCGACGGGGUCGGAGGAUGGAAAAGAUUCUGGGUAUGGAACGCCUUAGUAGUUGCCGGGCUCCUGGCUCCUGGAGAAGAAGGCGUUGCUGGUAGUACGCUUGAGGCGUUUGUGGACCUUUCGACUCGGGUUUUAUACGAUUCGUCAUGACCCUGGGUACAAAGAGGGUGGUAAUAUAGGAUAAUACAGAUGUACGGCUGGAUUGGAGUUUUAGUUUACUUCAAUUGGAUGAAAGUAACGACACAAUUCUCAAUAACUGC